AUGCCAGACCUUGGCUUGGCCCACAUGGCACAGGUGCAGGGCGUCAUCAAAUCAGCCGCACUGGAGCUGCCCUCCACUGCUUUCAGCGUCAGCACCACCGCGCUGGCGCCUGCGUGUGCCUUGCUGCGCCUGCUGCCCGUCCAUGGUGGUGGUGCCGACGGCUGCGGCGCGUUUGGUGCUCACAGCGCCGGCGGUGUGCUGAUGGAGCCGCGCUUGCUGCCGAGCUCGGCGGCCCAGCAGGCUGGCGCUGCAGGGGAGGCGAUCCAGCUCUUGCCCCAGCCGCGCGGCAGCCUGGGCGGCUUGGUGCCCGCGGCUGUGGACGCGUCGGCUGCGGCGCUGGCGCCUAGCCAGAUAGGGCUGAGGGUUCAGGCUGUUGGCCUCAACUUUCGGGACGUCCUGAACGUGAGGGCCGUGGUGUGCGCCGCCAACACCAUGGUGGCGGCCCCCGCCUGUUUGAGCUUUGAGGAGGCAGCCAGCAUGCCCACCGUGUUCAUCACCGCAUGUGCGGCGCUGCGGCAGGUGGCCGCAACGCAGCGAGGCGAGCGCGUGCUGCUGCAAGCCACGGCAGGCGGCGUGGGCCUGGCAGCGCUGCAGGUGCUGCGGGCAACCGGCGCCAUGGUGCUGGGCACAGCCGGCGGGCCGCCCAAGCGCGCGCUGCUGCGCUCCCUGGGAGUAGCACACGCAGUGGGCAGCCGUGACACGGGCUUUGCAUGUGACCUGGCAGUGGCAGCUGGCGGCGCGGACGUGGUGCUCAACUCGCUGACGUCACCAGGCAUGGUGGGCGGCGCGCUGGCGCUGCUGCGGCGUGGCGGGCGGCUGGUGGAGAUCGGCAAGCGCGAUGUGUGGAGCGGCGCCGCAGUGGCCGCUCAGCGUCCUGACGUGGCGUACAGCCUGCUGGCGGUGGACUUCCUGCCUGACAGCGAGGUGCAGGCGGCGCUGCGCGCCGUGGCGGCGGGCGCUGCAUCUGGCGCGCUGCGGCCGCUGCCGCUGGCGGCACACCCUCUGUCGGGCGUGGCAGCUGCCCUGCGGCAGUUGAGCCAGGCUCGCCAACUGGGCAAGGUCAUCGUCGGCGGCGCCACCAACCGGCCGCCAGCCGCGCCAGCAGGGCGCGUGCUAGUGACAGGCGGCACAGGCUACCUCGGAAGCCUGGUUGCCGCCUGGCUGACUACACAGCAAGUCAGCUCAGUCAGCCUGCUCGCCCGCAACGCGCACGCCGGCACGGCCCUGGCACCACUGCUGGCUGGCGGCAGCAUGAUGCCCAUGAGUGUCACGCAGUGUGAUGCCGGCCUUAGCGCUGAUGUGGCAGCCCUUCUCAACAGCGGCGAGCCAAUCCAGGCCGUCUUCCAUGCGGGCGGCGUGCUAGCGGAUGCGACCCUGCAGCAGCUCACCCUCUCAGGUGUGCGCCGCGUAAGCGCCGCCAAGCAGACUGCACUGGUGCGGCUGCUGGCCGUGCAGCGGGCCCAGCCAGCAGCUCAGCUUGUGCUCUUCAGCUCUGUGGCGUCCCUGCUGGGCAGCGCCGGCCAGGCCAACUACGCCGCAGCCAAUGCGGCGCUCGACGCGGCGGCGGCGAUGCUGCAGGCUGGCGGCGUCGCGGCGCUCAGUGUGCAGUGGGGUGCGUGGGCGGGCGCGGGCAUGGCGGCCAACGACCCCCAGACAGCUGCGCGCGUAGCACGCAUGGGGAUGGCUCUGAUUGAGCCGCGGCGCGGCCUUGCAGCUCUCGAGAAGGCGCUGCAGCCGCUCACAAGCAGCACGCCUGGCACACCCAGCGUGGCGGCUGCGGUGCCGUUCCUGUGGCCGCGCCUGCUACAGCACCAGUCGCGGCGCGCCGCCCAGCUUCCCUGCUUGUUUGCAGAACUCGCGGGCAACGCCUCUCCCUCGGCCUCGCCUGAUGGCUCAGUGGCACCCAGCAUCAGGCGCGCCCCGCGGCACGCGCCAGUCGCCGGGCGGCAGCAGGGGCAGGGCACACGGCAGGCACAGCAGCAGCAGCAGCAUCAGGCGCAGCAGGCGCAGCAGCUGGCGGCCACGGUGCAGCAGGCGGUGGCCGAGGUCCUGGGCCAGCAGGUGGCGCCCGACGAGCCGCUGAUGGCGGCUGGCCUGGACUCGCUGGGCGCGGUGGAGCUGCGCAACGCGCUGGAGGGCCGCCUGGGGCUGCAGCUGCCGGGGACCCUCGUCUUCGACUACCCCAGUAGCGCGGCAAUCCAGGGCUACCUCGCUGCCAGGAUCGGCAGUAGCGAAGGCGGGGCUAUGGCUGGACGCGGCAACGCGGUGGUAGCGCCAGAGGCAGGCGCCAGAGGCAGGCAGAUUUCUCCAUUUGGUGAUGAAGACGCGGAGGAAGAUCUCUGGACAGCAGACCUGGAAGAUGAGGAGGCGGAGGCAGCCGCCGGCGGCAGGGCGUUGGCGGGCGGCGCCCUAGGCCUGGCUGCAGCAGCAUCUCUGCAGCGUCAGCCGCGCGGCACCCCCGCUGUCUACGGCCGCCCGGCCCAGCUGCUUGCGGUCGCAUCGGCGGCGGCGCGGCUGCCGCACGCGCCGCGCGAAGGUGGACGCGCGGCUGCAGCCGAGGCGCCGCGCCUGGAAGUGCGGGACGCGGUGCGGCCAGUGCCGUUUGGAAGGUGGGACCCCACUUUUGCAGCAGAGGCGGCGGGCGAGCUGCAGGUUGCAUUCGGCAGCUUCCUGGCAGGCGCGGCCGCCUUCGACGCCGCCGCGUUUGGCCUGUCCGAGGGCGAGGCGGCCUUGAUGGACCCCCAGCAGCGCCUGCUGCUCGAGGCCGCGGCCGAGGCGCUGGCGGGGACGCCUGCGCUGGCUGCGGGCGGCGCAGCCCCGGGUCCGGCGGGCGCGACCAGCGACGAUUACCGCUCGGCGUGCGGCGUGUAUGUGGGGGUGUCAUCGAGGGACUAUUUUACGAUGGGACUCCUCAGCAAGCAGGCUGCCACCGCGUACAGCGCCACCUCGACCACCCUCAGUGUAGUGUCCGGCCGGCUGUCCUACACCUUUGGGCUGCGCGGCGCCGCAGUCUCUGUCGACACCGCCUGCAGCAGCAGCCUCGUGGCUGCGCACUCGGCGGCGGGCACGCUGGGCCAGGGGCAGUGCCGUGCGGCGGUGGUGGGCGGCACCAACCUGACUUUGGCGGCGGACACGCCGAUCAUGUUUACGCGAGCAGGCAUGCUGGCGCCCGACGGCCGCUGCAAGACACUGGACGCGGCCGCAGACGGCUACGUGCGCGCAGAGGCUGUGGGCGUAAUGGUGAUCGAGGUGGUGGGCGGCUUUGCGUCUAGCCCGGCCUCGCCCACGCCGCUGGCCGUGCUGGCCGGCAGCGCGGUCAACCAGGACGGCCGCAGCAGCGGCCUCACGGCGCCCAACGGGCCGGCGCAGCAGGAGGUGAUCCGCCAGGCCCUGGCGGCGGCGGGGCUUGCCGCGGCAGACGUGUGCGGCGUCAGCACUCACGGCACAGGCACCAGCCUGGGGGACCCAAUUGAGGUCGGCGCCCUGGCCGCCGUGUUUGGUGGCAUUGGCGGCAAGAGCGGCAGCAGCAGCAAGAGCAUCCCAGCAACACCUUUGGCCAUCAUGUCCAGCAAAUCCUGGCUGGGCCACGCCGAGCCCGCCGCCGGCGUUGUCGGCAUGCUGCAUGCGCAGCUGGCGCUGCAGCAGCGCGCCGCGCUGCCCGUCGGCCACCUGCGGGCGCUGAACCCCUAUCUGGACCCGAUUCUGUCUGAGUCACACGGCGCCAGUGACGCGGGGGCCGGCAAAGCCCAGGGCUGGCUGCUGCCUCGGGACCCGUGCGGGCAGCCGCUACCAAGCGCGGCGGUUGCGGAGGCGUCUGUGAUUGGCACGAGCGCGUUUGCUUACCAGGUGUAG